UACUAAGAUAUCUAAAAGCAAAGCAAUGUGACACAAUUAUACUCCAACUUGUAAAGUAGUAAUUCGACAUCACAUUAUAAUUGUAAAGCCCCCACAAUCAACGUGCACAUCAUCCACUCAUCUUCCUACAACUUCUCCACAUUCUCAUAAAUUUAAUUUAUUUCUUAAAAAUUCCAAAAAUCCUUAAAUUCUAAAAAUUGCCAACUUUUUGUCCGUUGGAUCAUAAACAGUUAAAAAACCAUUUUUGAAAUUGGACGAUUAUCCUUGAAUUUCUCUCUCUAAAGUCAAGAGAAGGAAAUUUUAGAGAGAGAAAAAAAAUCUAGAGAGAGAAAGAGUGAAUGAAGAAGAAAAGAACUCUCUUUUUUUUUUUGUGAGGGAAGAUUAAAUUUUGAUUCUUUUGGAAUUGAUCAAUCCAUCUUCCCUCCUUUAUCUCUCUUUUUUUUCUCUUUUUUGGUGUUUGAAUUGUUAUUUCUCUCUCUAAGUUUGAGCAAGAAACAGAGAAGAACAGGGUUUUUUCAAUUUUGUAGAGAGAGAAAAUUGGGUUAAGAAUUAAAUUCAAAUUACAACAUAUUUUGAGAUUCUGAAAAUUGGGAUUUUCAAUUCGAUUUGUGGGUAUUGUAAAUUGAUUAAAUUUGAUUGAAAUUAAAAUGGAUAUAGAUAGUAUUGAGUGUGUAUCUUCAGUGGAUGGAAUGGAGGAAGAAGAGAUCUCUCAUCUUGACAACCACCAUAACAACCACAACAACAACCACAAUCACCACCAAUUUCCCGCCAAACAAAGGAGUAAUGUGAUCCCCACGGCAAUUACGCCGGCAACGAGCGUUCAUGAAUUGCUUGAAUGUCCUGUUUGUACCAAUUCUAUGUACCCUCCAAUUCAUCAGUGCCAUAAUGGGCAUACAUUGUGCUCCACAUGUAAAGGAAGGGUGCACAACCGAUGCCCAACUUGUAGACAGGAGCUCGGUGAUAUUAGGUGCUUAGCUCUGGAGAAGGUGGCAGAGUCACUUGAACUUCCUUGUAGAUAUUACAGUUUGGGGUGUCCAGAAAUAUUUCCUUAUUAUAGCAAGCUCAAACAUGAGACAGUGUGCAAUUUUAGACCGUACAACUGUCCUUAUGCAGGAUCCGAGUGCUCUAUUGUUGGUGAUAUCCCCCGCUUGGUGACCCAUCUAAGGGAUGAUCACAAAGUGGACAUGCAUUCCGGAAAUACAUUCAAUCAUCGCUAUGUAAAAUCCAAUCCUCGGGAAGUGGAGAAUGCUACGUGGAUGUUGACGGUUUUCAAUUAUUUGGGUCAAUACUUCUGCCUCCAUUUUGAGGCUUUCCAACUACACAAUGCUCCAGUGUACAUGGCAUUCCUACGUUUCAUGGGCGACGAAAGUGAGGCUCAAAACUACAGUUACAGCCUCGAGGUUGGGGGAAAUGGGAGGAAACUUAUAUGGGAAGGAACCCCUCGGAGCAUCCGAGAUAGUCACCGUAAGGUUAGAGAUAGCCAUGAUGGUCUUAUCAUCCAACGAAAUAUGGCACUUUUCUUUUCCGGUGGGGACAAAAAGGAGUUGAAGCUGAGGGUAACUGGGAGGAUAUGGAAGGAGCAGGAAAAAUCUGAUGCUGCUCCCUGCAUACCAAAUAUGAGUAGCUAAACGAUCCGAUCUCGUGUUUAUAGAGGGGUGUUUUGAGGGGGAUUACUUUGGUGGGUUUUCAUAUUUUUUUGCACUUUCAUGCUAUCUCAUUUUUCUCUGUGUUGGUGUAAUUGGAUGGAGACAUUUUGGGAUGGCUUUGAAUUGAAGUUUUCUACUUCUGUGCUCUUUCUAACCUCAGUUUCAUACUUACUUUUGCCUUGGAA